AUGGUACAAGGAAAAUUCACAAACAUUGUAGCUGACGUCAUGAACGGCAACCUACAAUGUGUUAAACAAUGGUGUCUCAGAGAGGGACUCAACAUUAAUCCUUCUAAGACAGUCGUGGUUCCUUUCACCAGGAAAAAGAACUUGGAUUCUCUUUCCAGGCUGAAAAUUGGCACUACUCAGCUGGGAGUGACGAGUACGGUCAAGUAUUUAGGACUGACACUUGACUCCAAGCUGACGUGGAACAACCACCUGAAUAAGGCGCUGCAUAAGGCCAAAUGGGCGCUCAUGACGUCCAGGAGGUUUGCAGGAACCACCUGGGGAAUUAAACCCCACAUAGCACUCUGGCUAUACGAGGCUGUGGUCAGGCCUCAGAUUACCUAUGGUUCACUAGUCUGGUGGACAAAGGUGAAUCAGAUAACUGUCAUAGCCAAGCUAGAAAGCAUGCAAAGGCUCGGCACGCUACAGGCCACUGGAGCCUUCAGGAGCAGUCCAUCAGCUACUCUAGAAGUCACUCUUGGGCUGCUACCACUGGAUAUCUUCAUCAGAUCUGAGGCCCUCAAGGCGGCUUACCGUCUGAGGGUUUCAAAUCUGUGGAGGGAAGGCCUGUCAGGGGCAGGCCACUGCGCCAUUGCUAAGACUUUGGCUGAGUGUCCUGUGCUUGACAUGACCUCGGACUUCCUAAGCAAGGAAGCAGUUUUCACCAAACCCUUUAAUGUUGAAUUCCGCUCCAGAGAUGAGUGGAAACAUCAGGAAGGGCACCUCCAAGAUAUGGAGAGCUUCGUCUGGUACACAGACGGCUCCCUAAUCGAUGGAAAAUCUGGUUUUGGGGUUUACUGUCGAUCACCCAGAACAGAACUAUCAGGAAGUCUGGGACAAUACUGUACCAUCUUCCAGGCAGAAAUCUAUGGCAUCUUGGCUUGUGCCAAUCUAGGACUAGCCAGACGGUACCAAGACAAAAGGAUAGUGAUUUUAUCUGAUUGUCAGGCUGCUCUCAAAGCUCUUGACUCAAAUGAAGUCACCUCAAAACUGGUCUGGGAGUGUUUCAACACCCUCUGCAGACUUGCAUCACAGAACUCUGUAACUCUCGGCUGGGUCCCAGGCCAUGUAGGCAUUGGCGGCAACGAGAGUGCAGACAAGCUGGCAAAAAAAGGUGCGAGCAUGCCACUCUUUGGACCAGAGCCAUUUUGUGGCAUCAGCAAAGCGGCCGCUAAACAUGUAAUAAACAAAUGGUCCAGGGGACAACACCUUGAGCGUUGGCGUAAUUAUCCUGGACAAUCACUUGGCAAAAAACUGCUCUCAGAACCUAGCACCCCCUUCACUCGCUGGCUGCUAAAGCUGGGGAGAGGGCAGGUCAAGCAGGUACUUGCUCUUAUCACUGGACACGGCCAUUUCAGGAAUCAUCUCCACACUCUAGGAAUUGUCAAUGACAAGCAGGAGUGUCGACUUUGUAAUCAGUCCGAUGAGACUGCUAAACACAUCAUUCUGGACUGCGAUGGACUACGGGCUAGGAGAAGGGCUCUGUUUGGUCUAAAGCAGCCAGGUGAUGAACCAGACGCUAACAUUGGGCAAAAGCUCCUGCACCUAGUUAGGGACACAGGUAUAGGCUUACCCAGUUAG